UUUGCUGAUAAAAAUAUAUCAGAUUAUUUUGUUUUUGUCAUUAUAUUCUUUGUGUCGAUCUUUUGCACUGAGUGCAGUAUAAUCACAAUGGAUUUUGUGAAAAAGGAGUUUCUAAAUUGGCACAGUGGAGUGGAAAAAAAAAUUCCCUGUCACUUUUGCAGUGUCAAAUUAUCCGAUGAGAUUUAUUCAUGUGAUUUUGGUCAUGACGUAUGUCAAUCAUGCAAAACUGAUUCAUGUAUAGCUUGUAAAAAAUCAUCUUCUUUUUUUCGGAAUCAUAUUGCUGAAUUUUUAGUAUCUCAAUUGAACAGUUUGAAGAGUGACGUUGAGUCACUGGAUAACUCUGUUAUCACCAAGACAAAGUCCGAGUGUAAAAGCCAAUUAAGCCAGACAAAAAUUGAGUGCAAAAGUAAAUUCAGUCAGACACAAAAUGAACAAGAUUGUAAAAUCAAUCUGGCAGCUAAAAAUGUUGAAGAAUCUGUCGAGAAUAAAUCUUUGACUGUCGAAAAAUCAGAAGAUGAGCCAAAAAAUAAAAAUGACAAUCCGUCAAAUAUUUUUGGUAUAUAUCAAUGCUGGAUUGGUCGUGAUUGCCACCUCAAAGGAGAUAAAGCGUCUAUUUUAGCUCACAUAAAAAAUCAACAUUCUGAAGAGUUUAAUUCACAACCAUUUGAAGGCUGGCCACACUUAGUAACUUGGGAUUUAAAUUACAAUGGAGCUAGUACUCGUCAGGAUCGUGCUUUUGAGAUCCAAAGUGUUGGAUUGUUUGUCCUGCAUAUAUUUGUGACCCACGAACAACAUCUAAAAGCUCAUGUUUUGAUGUUUGAUGGUGGAAGGACGGCUGCUCAAUAUCGAUAUGAAGUUGAAAUAAAAAGUGACGAUAAAAAAAAAUCAUUCAGCGCGGCAGUUGACAGUAGCAGAUUGCCAAGAAAAACUCUUCACGAUCGUAGCAAAGGAUUAUUUAUCAAUGAAAACUCGAUGUUACAAAGCACGAUAAAAAAUAAAAUGAAGUAUAGCUGCACAGUUCAAAUAAUGAAAAUUAAUGAAAUUGAUGAGAAAAAAAUUCUGGAUAGUUUUAAGAGUCUAGAAGUUGAGAAUAAAGCAAGGGAUCGUAAAAAUCCGAAGACUUUGAACAAAAAGCAAUUCAAGCCAAUACGAAACAAUGCAAAUCACUUCAAAAGUAGAUCCAAGCCAAGAUCAGAUUUUGAUAAUAUUAUUGCUCAUUGCUCAUCAGAGACUACUGUUCCUGCUCAUCCCGUUAAUAAUAAUCCAUUCAGAGGACCAGAAAAUUCUCAGCUGUAUCCUAAUCUUCAAAAAGAGUUCAACUAUCAGCAAAUGCCGCCUCAGAAUCCUCGUAUGGCGAACAAUAAUUUUAAUAUGAAUAUGCAGCAGCCUAUGAAUGUUCAACCAGGCCCGUUUUAUCCCCAGCCACCUGUCUCUUACAAUGAGCAUUAUCAACGCAAUGCACCACCGCCUCACCGUCUGCUCCUCACAUAGACAUGGGAAAUAAUUUUCAUCAAUCGAACAAACCUGGAAAUUUUACUGCAGCUAAUUUAGAAAGACAGAAAUUGAUUCAACGCCAGAUUGAAGAACGAGAAAAAAAUCGGUUGUUACGAUCGGGCGCUUCGACUUUUAAAGCACCUCAGGAAGAAAGAAGAAAUUAUAAAAAUGACUUUGAUUCACGUGGAAAAAAACCUAACGAGUGUGUUUUGUGUUAAUCACUUUAUUUUGCAUUUCUUUUUAUUAAUUAAAUUAGAAAUAAAAAAAAUU